AUGCAUUCAGCCAAGUUCUUCGUCCUUGCUAUCGCUGCAGCAACCGCAGCGGCAAACAGCGUCACAACUAUUCUCGACGCAUCGACGGCACAGCAUGUCUCCAUUGGGACUGAGAGCGUGCUUUCGAGUGCGGAGGAUGUCACUGUCCCCGUUGUCUCAGCUUCCGUAACACAAUCAUCACGGACGGAUGUUGAUACGGCAACGACUGAGGCCAGUUCUGCCGAUGUUUCUGCUUCUACCACCGGCGUCACACGGCCUUCGAGCUUUCCAAAUGCGACGACAACAUUGGCUAGCAGCGUGGUUCCUACAAAGUCACAGAACACCACGACGCCUACCAGUCACGUAACUGGCGGCGCUAUUCCGCAGCAGAUGCAGAGCUCCAUGGCUGGGCUAAUAGGGUUCUGCAUCAUGGGAUUGAUCAUGUUAUAGACGGGGGCAAGAAAAGCUGUUAUGAAUAAUGACGCUGGACGAUGUGUGCGCCACGUAUAGAAUGUGUCCCAGGUAGGACACGGGCGUUUUAACAAAACCAACAAGAUACCACGGGCCAAAGAGUCCACCCUCCUUUAGCUGGACAGGAGUUUAACUGCUAAUAGAAUAAUUGUAAUC